AUGCAAGCUCAGAGGACCAAAGCCGAGCUUCAGCAACAUAAAGCAAAACUUGCCGACUCCUACUCGGAGUUACUCGACCAAUUUGCCUCAAAAGAACUCAAGACUGUGGGAAACUACUCGUUAGGGAAACUCAUUGGAAAGGGCUCCUUCGGCAAGGUCUACCUUGCCAAGCACAACUUGACAAAUGGCUCCAAGGUGGUACUCAAGGCCUCGAGUAAAGACGACCCAAACCUUGCGAGAGAAAUCCACCACCAUCGACAAUUCAUCCACCCUCAUAUCGCUCGAUUAUACGAAGUUAUAAUAACAGAAUCUCUUGUGUGGCUAGUUUUGGAAUAUUGUCCUGGCGACGAGUUGUACAAUUAUCUAUGUAAGAAUGGGCCACUUCCCGUCGAAACUGUGCAGAAGAUCUUCACUCAGCUGGUCGGAGCGGUUGCAUAUAUCCACAGCAAAUCAUGUGUCCACCGCGAUCUGAAAUUGGAGAAUGUUCUUCUCGACAAGAACGACAACGUUAAACUUUGCGAUUUUGGCUUCACCAGGGAGUACGAGGGCAAAGCGAACUAUCUGCAGACAUUUUGUGGGACGGUAUGUUACAGUGCACCGGAAAUGCUAAAAGGCGAGAAAUAUGCCGGCGAGAAGGUUGACGUCUGGAGCCUGGGGAUCAUUCUUUACGCGCUUUUAAAGGGAGAACUGCCCUUUGACGAAGACGACGAUGCAGCCACCAAGGCGAAGAUAUUGAAGGACGAUCCCGUCUAUCCCGAGUCCUUUCCGGAAGCCGCAAAGACUCUGAUCUCCAAGCUCCUCUCGAAGCGGCCCCUGCACAGACCCAGCUUGUCAGAUAUUCUCGCAGACCCCUUUCUGUCGGACCACGCGCCUCAGCAACAAGCGAUUUUGAAACUUUCACAACCAGCGGCAUUCACCACUCAGCUGGAAAAGGACACCCUUGAAAGGAUGAAGUCGGCAGGUGUUGAUAUUGACAAAGUCAUCGAGAAUGUACUUUCGCAACGUUGCGAUACGCUAGCUGGAUGGUGGGCGUUACUCAUCGAAAAAGAGACAAGGAAGCAAGUGCGAAAAGAACGCAAACGGAAGGAAAGAGAAGCAGAGUUGAAGAUCCUCAGGCGGCUGAGUGGUGCUAGCAGCAGGCUGGAGAGGAUCGCGCCCACGUUGGUUGAGGUCGAUGAAGAGCAUUCUCCUGGCGAGCUUGAAGGCCGUCGGAGCACCAGUCGAGGCAGAACACAACGAAGGAGUACGCCUCAGAUAUUGGUUAGCGACUUGCCUCAGCUUCCCGAAGGAGACGUGAUCCAGUCUCCUGGGCCUGAAACGCCACCGCCACCACCGAUCGAUAAAGACUCCGUGCGCUCUCGGAGCGGCUCCCGACCUCCUCUACCAUCGAAGGACCGCAAUCGGCGGAGCAGUACCCUACAGCUCGUGACAACAAAUCCCGAUUUACUGGGGCCCUUAAAUGGAGUGAACAAGAGACGAAGCGGGAGGUUCCGCAACCGACAAUUUCUGAGCCAACUUACAGCGCUGAAGCAGUGGAUCGUCGACUCCACAAAGAGAGCCAAAUCGCCAGUCAGUCCUAGAAUCGACAAAAUCUUGAAUGGGCAUUCCGACAACGUCUCCAAAGCAACUCUUUCCAAAGACUCUAAUCAAAUGGACAAGAGCACCCGAAACCUCACAGGCACGGCAAAUCCAGACAGAUCCUCUAACGGGUCUGCACUCAUUCCCGCCAUUUCCACUUCCAAACCUCUUCCUUCUGUUAGAAAUCCUGCGCCUCGGAUCGAUACAGCCCGUGGGAGACCUCAUCGCAAUUCUCUCUCACCUUCGCCUGUAACUCCCCGGUCUUCGUACCGACGCAGUUCCACCGGUCUAAAGAGCCGAAAAUCGACAUCCUCGUCCGUUUCAUCGAUCCGAAGCAUGGCCCGACACAACACCUCUCACAGCAAAGCCUCAUCCCAGAGUUCCAACAGUCUUGAUACGAUCCAAAGCCCCACGAGCCGCACGGUUAGUCUCAAUGGCCGCUCUCCUCAUCCCUCGAUUAAAGUCCUGCCCGUGACGCCUACAGCCAAUGCUUUCCCUUCGAAUAUUCGAUUAGUCCGGACGCCUAGAGGCUCCGAUGCCGGUCUUCAGCCUCGCCCGCUCUCUGGGGUGGGCAAUGAGAUACUCAAUCCUCCACCAGGGACACCACAGAGCCACGCCUUUGGGUCAAACGUCAUGUUCGCUCGGCGGAAGAAAUCACCCUUCAAAGGCCCAACACUUAACUCGGCCUUUUUCUCUGCGUCAACAAUUCCCGCCGCGUUCGGAAGCCCUGCUAUCGUUGGCGCUGGAAGAAACCGUGAAGGGUCGGACGGAAAGCUCAACUUGGGCCUCAAAGAUUUUAUGGCUGGAGGUGGUAAAAGGAACAGCAGCUCGAAGAGGAAAAGUCAAAUCAUCGAAGAAGAGGAAGAGGAAGAGCCAGGUGUCAUUGGUGAAGAGGAAGAGGAUGUUGAAGAAGUCGACGCAUUUCAAGCGGUUCAUCUAAACAAGGGCGAAAGACUCGACAGUAUCACGAUUUGGAAUGAUGCCGUGCUAGAGAGCACGGCUGAAGAUGAUUAUGGUGGUGACGACACACGGAAGGAAGGCGUAGGAAUCUACACCUAA